AUGAGUUCAUCACCACCAUUAUCGAUUGAAAUCACAGAGGCUGACCAACUUUAUAUUAAUGAACAGUUGGAACCACUAGGAGGAUUGUUUGGAGAGGAGAUUGCCUUUCAAGGAGUAGUUGAAACCAACAAGGAUGAUAAGGACAUGUCAUUGGUACAACGUAUCAUUGUCGUCAGUCGAUACAAAACUAUACUGAUCAAAAAGUUUAAGGGUUCAAAGUCACUAAAGAAAACAAUCUUUCACUAUGACCUCGUAGAGAUUAAUGAACCUCAAGUUGGAGGUCCUGUAUCUUCACAAGACAGUAUUGAAAUUAAAUUUAAAGAUCAAGAUAGUAAAAGUAUUCAAACAUUAUAUGUCAAGGCACCUGAUAGAAAGGCAGAGACUAUUUUUGUCAAAUCAAUUGCCUAUAUGACAUUUAACAUUUCAAGAGGUUUCCCAAGUCAUUUAUUGUUAAAGAUUAAUUUACCAAAGAAUAGAUAUCAACCAUUCCAAUUUAAUCAUGAAUUGGGAUCAGAUGGAAAAGGAAUUGCCGAACAAUAUAUUGCACAUUCACAUUACUACAAGACUAAAGCAACAUUGGAUUAUUUACGUCAUUUGGAAACACUCUAUCUAACUUAUUAUCCAGAAUUGGAUAUAUCUCAAAUUCCUGGUGUUAAUGCUUCAUCUUCUUUAGGAUUUAAUUUAUAUACAGCUAUUUUAUGUUUAAGACAUAAUACAUUUAUUAAAUCAUUAAAGAUAUGUAAAGUACCACAUAUUAAUGUAGUAUCAUCGGUUGGUGAGAUGUUGUUGAGCAACAGUUCCAUUUCAGAGUUGAGAUUAUCUAAUCUCUUGACAGAGCAAUCGUUUGCACCUCUGGGAGUAGCACUUUCACAAAACCAAAACAUGGCACUUCAAGUAUUGGAUUUGUCAGACAACUUGAUGUCUUAUGAAUCGAUCAAUAGUUUGUGCGACGGGUUGUCACAUUUUAAGCAUUCAUUGGUCGAGCUUAAUCUCUCCAAAUGCAAUAUCCCACCAAAAGGAAUUUAUUUGUUGUUCCAAGCAUUUGAGAGAAACUUUAGUCUGUCGCUAACGUUGGAGCGUUUGAAACUUUCCAACAACCGAUUCCAAGACACUGGCAGCAGUGCCUUUGCCGCUUGGCUCAGCAAGUCUCGUGGACACAACCAGUUGCGCGAGUUGUCUCUUUCACAAUGCCAACUCAACUUUAACAUCAUCUCGGCACCACUCCGUGUACUCGAGGUGGAACGUCUCGACCUUUCAAAGAACAAGAUCAACUUGGGUGCCGCUAGAUUGUUGGCUACCGAAGCAUUGGAGAGUCUUGGUGCUUUGAAAUACCUCAAUCUGUCGUCGUGUGCUCUGUACAGCGAAUCUAUUCACAUUAUCAUGAUUGCAUUGAGCAAGAACAAACGUCUUGCACCUGCAUCCCUUACAUUGGAUAUUUCCGAAAACUCGUUUGCUGCCAAGACUGCCAACCGUCUCACCCCAUUCCUUCCAGACUGUUCCUUUUUGGGUGGUCUUGACAUUAGUGGUAACCGUUUCAACACUAGAAAUCUAUUAGAUAUAUUCACUUCUUUAUCAUCUAUUAAUAUUAAUGCUCUCAAUGUUGGUUAUAAUCCUAUUAAUUCAACAGAUGAUGUAUUUAUUGGUGGAGUUUUAGAUUUUAUAAACAAACAUUCUAGUUUAUCAAAACUUGGAAUUGGAACAACUAGAGGUUAUGCUCAUUCACUUCACCCCAUUAUUCAAUGCUUGUACAAUAACAAAUCGAUUGUAACAUUAGAUAUUACCGGCAAUGAAAUGAACGACCACGGAGCCUGUCUCUUGGCCGAUUGUCUGCGUGUCAACAAAACCAUUCAAAAAAUAUUGGUUGCUGGCAACAAAUUCACUGCCGUUGGUUGGCAUUCCAUUUCCUCCCCACUCAUCUAUUACCGAAACACCACCAUCACUUCACUUGAAUUGCCAGCCGCCCAUGUACCAGUAUUUACCAGUGACACCAAUCUCCAACCCCUCAUUCCAGAAAAACGUGAUCAGCUUGAAAAAUUAUUUGAACAAAUUCGUUUCCAUUUAGCUUUAAAUCGUAACAAAGUUCCUGCAUCAAGUAGAUUUGCUUAUUUACCAUCAGCAGAUCCACCACUUUAUGUUAAAGCUGCUGCCAAAGUACCAGAACAUUUAGAUACUCUCCAAACUAGUACAACAACUCCAACUUCAAAAUUAACAGCUUUAUCUUGGAAUGAAGAUGAUUCCAAAUACAAGGAUCAAUCUGAUCGUGAUGAAGUUGAUGAUUAA